UUAAAGGGUUGGUCAUUUUAAUUUCUAACAAAAAAGUGUCGGCGAUGAAAAUUGACACUGAAGUUUAGGCGACGGAUGAACUUUUCAUUUUGAAAAAACUUGUCUGCUAAAUUCAGAUGUUUGGGACAAGUGUCCAAUUUGGCGCCACCUUAGAGGCACUUGUUGUUUCAACUGCAGCCUCAACUCUUUAGAUACAACUGAGUUGACCCAGAAACAAGAAACUUCGAAUUGAACGAUUAACAGUAAAACUUGUUCGAAUGGAAAUAAACGUGCCGUACUCGCACCAAUUCUCUCCAAACUUAGGGUUUAGUCGCUCUAUCAACACUAAUUCCAUUGUUAAGCUCAAACCCUUUCGAUCUUCUAAGUUUCAGUUACUAAAGAAGAAGAAGAAGAAGCUAGGGUUCCCAUUUUCAAUUUCCAAUUCCCUAACUAACAGCCAAAUUUCUUCCACUUCUGCUGCUGAAACACUGAGCUCUGUUACUCCUGUCUAUGCCCCUACUCCUACUGAUCGCCAUCUUCGCACUCCUCACAGCGGGUACCAUUUUGAUGGAACAUCGCGGAAAUUUUUCGAGGGUUGGUACUUCAGGGUCUCAAUUCCUGAAAAGAAUCAGAGUUUUUGUUUUAUGUAUGCUGUAGAAAAUCCGGCAUUUCGUAAGAAAUUAACACCAUUGGAAAUUGCACAGUAUGGACCUCGAUCAACUGGGGUUAUGGCUCAAAUUCUUGGGGCUGAUGAUAAAUAUAUAUGUCAACGCUCAGAGGAAUCUCAAAAUUUCUGGGGAAAUAGGCAUGAACUGAUGCUAGGGAAUACUUUUGUGGCCGAGAAAGGCAUGCAGCCUCCUACCACGGAGGUUCCUCCUCAGGAGUUUAAUAAAAGAGUUUCAGAAGGUUUUCAAGUCACCCCACUUUGGCACCAAGGUUUUAUUUGUGAUGAUGGCAGGUCAGAUUUUGCAGAAAUUGUGAAAACUGCACGUUGGGAAUACAGUACUCGUCCUGUUUAUGGAUGGGGUGAUGUAGAAUCCAAGCAAAAGUCCACUGCAGGCUGGCUUGCUGCUUUUCCUGUUUUUGAACCCCAUUGGCAAUCAUGCAUGGCUGGAGGACUUUCAACAGGCUGGAUAGAGUGGGGUGGUGAUAGAUUUGAGUUCAAAGAUGCACCUUCUUACUCAGAAAAGAACUGGGGUGGAGGCUUCCCAAGGAAAUGGUUUUGGGUUCAAUGUAAUGUCUUUGAAGGUGCAAGUGGAGAAGUUGCUCUUACUGUAGGCGGUGGCUUGAGGCAAUUGCCUGGACUGACUGAAACUUUUGAAAAUGCUGCAUUGGUUGGAGUGCAUUAUGAUGGAAUUUUUUAUGAAUUUGUGCCAUGGAAUGGUGUUGUAAGCUGGGAAGUUUCUCCAUGGGGUUACUGGUUCUUUACUGCUGAGAAUGAGACACAUUUGGUUGAAGUGGAGGCAACAACAAAGGACUCAGGGUCACCUUUGCUUGCUCCAACAGCAGAAGUUGGGCUUGCUCCAGCUUGCAAAGAUACUUGUUUUGCUGAUCUGAAAUUGCAAAUUUGGGAACGCAGAUAUGAUGGCACUAAGGGCAAGAAAAUUUUGGAUGUUACGAGUGAUAUGGCAGCAGUGGAAGUUGGAGGAGGACCAUGGUUUAAUACCUGGAAAGGAAAGACAAUUUCGCCGGAGCUUCUCAAGCGUGCUCUUAAGGUUCCGGUUGAUGUGGAAGGCAUGUUCAAUUUUCUCCCAUUAUUCAAACCCCCUGGCUUGUAGGCACUUGGUCAGCUCAGUUUGCUCAUAAUAGCUCAAAUGGAUGUUCGUAAAUACAGAAAGUAUGGGAAAACUGGUAGGGAGCUAGAUGAUGUUCUAUGAGGCAAUUUCCAGGCCUUUUGUAUCUUCUGCUCAACAGCAUACAUGUAGUUCAUCAACCUUUUUAUCACUUCAAUCAUUAAUACAUUUUGAAAUAAAAAGUCAAAAUAUGGUACAGCUUUUAA